AUGUCCAUCAAAAGCGUUACAUUCUGCGUAUCCAAUGAAGUCACAUUGCCGCUGCAAAUUAAAAUUGAUUCUUUAGAGGGAUUCAAACCUCUACUUAAGGCCUCUCAGAAACUUACACAACCUUCAUUAAUCCAAAGAACAUCAGAUGUACAAGCAGAUAGUGAGAUGUUUGUUUCGGUGCAAGUGUUUGAUAGCCAGAGCCGUCGAAAUCAAACCAUUCCGGUUUACACGCCAUAUAUACCUUUCAAAAACAUACGAAAAUGGGACGUAUGGCUGACUUUACCGAUAACAUUGGAACAACUGACGUCGGACAGUACGCUCCAUAUUGUACUUUGGGAAUUUGACGGCGAGAAAGAAGUAGAAUUCUUCUCCACUGAGACUGCACUAUUCGAGAAGAGCAGUCGAACUCUGAAGAGAGGCUCAGAGUCGAUAAAGUUCAAGUACGACGAACCUGGAAGCAGCACAAUUGAGGUCAGUGAGACCCAACAACUGAUCAAUAAGUACAAGCAAGGCGAGAUCAAAGCGAUUCCAUGGCUAGAUGAACUCACCUUCCAGCAAUUAAACAAGGCAGGUAAGAGAAGGAAGCUUCCGCAAGGCGUAUUUGUUCUGAACAUCGAAUAUCCGCUCUUUGACCUCCCGGUCGUCUACGCAGAAAAAAUCUCCACAAACGUUCAGGAAAACAUUCCCACGUACCACAAUUUUGAUUUGAACAAUGACGUUCAGAUUUCCCGGCCGGAACCACAGGCCAAAAUCUCACUGGGCAAUGCCACUGAUUCCACAUUGAAGUUUUACGAUCCCGACCAAUUCAACCCGGACCCGAUAGAAGAGAAAUUCAGACGUCUCGAGAGAGCAAGUACCAAUACGAGUCUAGAGAAGGAACUCAAACCAGACGCGAAAAAGAGAGACGCUUUAAACACAAUUAUAUCUUACCCGCCAGGUAGCGACCUAACAGCGCAUGAGAAAGGACUGGUAUGGAAGUAUCGCUACUACCUAAUGAACAAUAAGAAGGCUCUUACAAAGCUUUUGCAAGUUACAAAUCUCACGGAGGAAAGCGAGCGUAGGGAAGUUUUGGAGCUGGUGGAUUCAUGGGCUGAGAUAGAUAUAGAGGAUGCCCUUGAACUUUUAGGAUCAGCAUACAAAAACUUGUCUUUGCGAUCGUAUGCCGUCAACAGGCUUAAAAAGGCGUCAGACAGCGAACUUGAGCUGUAUCUUUUGCAGCUGGUGCAGGCGGUUUGUUUUGAAAGUGGCUCUCCGCUUUCGGACAAAUCGGCCAGUGAGUUCACAAUUGUCAAUGUCGCUCAAAGUGGAGCUGCCGCCCCGCCUUCUCCCAAAUAUGAACAAAAUAUCGGCAACAGUUCCACGAACGAACUAAACAAUUCAGAGCUGGGACAAAGCUCAGUAUUGAUAUCACCCCUUGCGGAGUUCCUUAUAAGACGCGCGAUAAUAAAUUCUAGACUUGGGAAUUUCUUCUACUGGUACUUAAAAUCUGAAUCCGAGGGCAACCAGUAUUUGACCCAUAUCCUAGACAGCUUUGUAAGCCGCUUACCCGAGGAAAGGCGCACAAAGCUGAAGCAUCAAACUCUCUUCAUAGCCAUACUGAAGGGUUUCUGUCAGGAGAUCAAAAAUCUAAGGGACACGACGCCCAAGAAGGUAGAGCUUUUGAUGCAUCUUCUAACGUCGAAACUCCGGCCUUUCUUGAGAUCUGCUCCCGUCGAGUUACCACUGGAUCCCGAUUUCACUAUUACAGACGUCAUUCUACAGGACUGCAAAGUCUUUAAAAGCUCAUUGUCACCGGUGAAGAUUGCCUUUAACACCCUUCAAGGCCAGGAAUUUGCUCUCAUGUUCAAAGUCGGCGAUGAUCUGCGGCAAGACCAACUGGUUGUUCAGAUCAUUUCCUUGAUGAACGAGCUUCUGAAAAACGAAAACGUUGAUUUAAAACUGACGCCGUACAAAAUCCUUGCGACAGGAUCUAAUGAAGGCGCGAUCCAAUUCAUUCCGAACGACACCCUUGCCAGUAUUCUAGGCAAGCACCACGGAAUCCUACCUUAUCUGCGGAGCCACCACCCCUCGUCUGGGAAUGACUUGGGCGUGCAAGAUUUUGUUAUUGACAAUUUUGUCAAGUCCUGCGCUGGAUACUGCGUUAUCACCUAUAUUUUGGGUGUUGGUGACCGUCACUUGGAUAACCUCCUUGUCACACCGGAUGGCCAUUUUUUCCAUGCUGAUUUCGGAUACAUUUUGGGCCAAGAUCCAAAGCCAUUUCCACCUUUAAUGAAGCUGCCACCCCAAAUAAUCGAGUCUUUCGGAGGUGCGGACUCCGAAAAUUACAACAAAUUCCGCAGCUACUGCUUUGUUGCCUACUCAAUUUUACGCAGAAAUGCCAACUUGAUAUUGAACUUGUUCGAACUGAUGAAGCCGUCCGAUAUUCCUGACAUCAAAAUUGAUCCCGAUGGAGCUAUGUUAAAAGUGAAAGAAAAAUUCUGCCUUGACAUGUCAGAGGAGGAGGCAAUUGUACAUUUCCAGAAUCUAAUCAACGCUAGUGUCAGCGCCCUUCUACCGCUCGUCAUUGACCGUUUACACAACUUGGCUCAGUACUGGCGAGCUUAA